AUGACCACUGCCGCUGUUCCACCUAAUCUUAGCAGUGGCCACUUCUGGCUCGGUGCCGGCAACGGAGCCAAGAACGGAGCGCCGACGCAACAACAACAGCAACAAGACGUGGAGGUCCCCAAGAUUCUCCCUCCCGGAGUCACGCAGGCUGGAUUCACCAAAUUCGCCCGCCGAGUGAUCCACGCGGUUGGAGGCGAGAACUUCACUGUCAUCACGGCUGGCUGUGACUUUGAGGGCUACGAAGAUGAUGAUUUUGGACGCAACUGCCGCACCCACGACUACUACCGUUCCUUUGACGAUGAGUGCGAGCUGGUGGGCUCAGCUCUGUGUCACCCGCGCAGCGUGCAGGAUAUUCAGGCUGUUCUUGCUGCGUGCAACGAGUCAAAGGUUCCCGUAUGGCCCAUCAGCACCGGACGAAACCUCGCGUACGGUGGCUCGGCACCAAGGGUUCCUGGAUCGCUGGUGAUGAUUCUCAGCACGCAUAUGAACCGCAUCUUGCACUUAGAUGAGACAGCGUGCGUCUGCAUCGUUGAGCCGGGUGUCACUUUCAUGCAAAUGAGCGAUUAUCUGCGUGACCGCGGCCUCUUGGACAAGAUCAGAGUAGACUCGUCAGGCCUCGGCUGGGGAUCCAUGAUUGGAAAUGCCCUGGACCGCGGAGGUGGUGCUUCCUUGUACGGUGAUAGAUGGGGAAAACACAGCGGAAUGGAGGUGGUCCUGCCCAACGGCGAGGUCGCCAGGAUGGGAAUGGGAGCGAUCCAGGACCCGGAGGGCCGUAAACAGGCGGAGCAGGGCGUUCACCCGGCCGAUCAGAAGCUCAAUGAGUGUUUCGCUCUGUUCCCGUACGGCUGGGGCCCAAUGAACGACGGUCUAUUCUCGCAGGGCAAUGCUGGCAUUGUCACCAAGAUGGGAUUCUGGCUGAUGCCCGCUCCGCAGGGCAUGACGCCGUUUUCUGUUACUUUUGAGAAGGAAGCCGAUCUGGCCGCCCUAGUCGACUGCAUUCAGCCCCUUGAUCUGAACGGCACGCUUCAGAGUUCAGUCAGUUUGCGCAACCUCACAUUGGAGGCUGCUCAUUAUGGCCCGAGGUCCAGCUAUACCAAUGCCUCUCACAAGAAAGUCAUCCCCGAAGAGGACUUUGAGAAGAUGGCCAAAAAGCUCAACACGGGCCGGUGGCGCUACAUUGGCGCCGUAUUCGGCUCCGACAAAGUCCGCGCGGCUCUCAUCGAGGAUAUCAAAAACGAGCUGACCAAGGUCCCCGGUAGCAAGUGGGCCACGCUCGACGAGUGUCCCGGUGAGCAGAACCUGUGGCUGCCCAACUGCUCCGUCAUCAUGGUCGCGGCUAUUUCCAGACUUGAAGGCAAGGCUGUUUGGGAGCAAUAUUCCUUGGCAAAGGAGCUGUUUGCCAAGGCGGGCAUCGACUACAUCAGCCACUACGUCGCAGACUUCCGGACUAUGCACAAUGUAUGCAUCAUUCCGUAUGACAGAAAAGACAAGGACAUGCGUGGCCGCGCGCAGUGGUUGGGCCGGACCCUGGUCAAGGAGUGGAAGGCUCGCGGCUGGAGCGUCUUCAGGACUCACGUGGGUCUCAUGGACCAAGUUGCGGAUGCUUAUGACUUCAACAAUGGUGCCCUGUGGAAGAUGCAUGAGGAGAUUCACGACACCCUGGAUCCCAAUGGCAUUCUAGCUCCCGGAAGAGGCGGUGUCUGGCCAAAGUGCUACGAUAAGGAUGCUUGGAUGAUGGGAAAGAAGUACAUUGGGUGA